GGGGGACAAAGAGAGGGACCACCACACAGCUGCAAGUUCCUCGAGCUCAGUUAACUCCACGAGCGCUCAACCCCGCGCGACACGAUGCCGUCAGCAUCUAGGAAGCAGAUUUCUCAGACCAUCGCGGUCUAAAGGCGUGACCGUCGGACGAUAUUCUGCGUGGAUCUGGAGGACAGUGAAUGAAGUACGUAGACCGGAGGAGGCGUAGACUGAAGCUACAUCGUGGUUUUGCGUGUAACGUUGCAGGAUUUUGUUACGUUGUUGCGAAAACAAAGGAUCUGGAUUCGCCGGAGAGUCGCAAAGCUGGUUUAUAGCCAUGAAGAAGAACAAUUCAACAAAGCGGGGCCCUCAGGACGCCAAUCAACAGCCCGCGCAGCCCGACAAAACCGGCUGGAUUCGCAAGUUCUGCGGCAAAGGGAUUUUCAGGGAAAUUUGGAAAAACAGAUUUGUGGUGCUGAAAGGAGACCAACUUUACAUUUCCGAAAAAGAGGUAAAAGAUGAAAAGAAAAUCCAGGAAGUGGUGGACCUCACUGACUACGAGAGGUCUGAGGAACUCCGCAAAGCCAAGAGCAGAAGCAAAAAGAACCACAGCAAGUUCACGCUCCUGCGUUCCCGGCAGCCAGGAAACACGGUCCCAAAUCUAGUAUUUCUGGCUGUCAGUCCAGAGGAGAAGGAAUCAUGGAUCAAUGCUUUGAAUGGAGCCAUCACCAGGGCCAAGAAUAGCAUAUUGGAUGAGGUGACGGUGGAAGAGGACAGCUUGCUGGCCCAUCCGACGCGUGACCGGGCUAAGAUCCCCCAGACUCGCCGCCUGCCCACCCGCGGACACCUCAUGGCUGUGGCUUCUACCACCAACUCGGACGGCAUGCUGACCCUUGACCUCAUACAGGAAGAAGACGUCACCACAGAAGAGCGAGACACUUGUAAGGAGAACCCCGAUCAAGCCGAGUCUCAACACAUCCCAAAUUCUCAGCGCUCGACCGCUGACACGUCGAAGCUCUCCGUCAGUAAAGACACCCCUGGGAAAUCCCAAAGUCUCCCUCGUAAGAGUGAGAGCUCAUGGGACUGGUCGGAGUCACAGACGCCACAGCUGCGCAAAAAAAACUCUGAGAAAAACCGCUGCGCAUCCAUGGACGAGAUCCUGGCGCAUUCGGAGACGCGGGCCAUCCCUCACUGCUCGACUUCGGCUCCCGUACAGCCCGUCAGUCAGCUUCAGGACCUCAUCACCCAGAAGCUGGAGAGAACUCAAGAGCUGCUGACGGAAGUACGGACGCAGGCCAAGGGGAAGUGCUCGCCAACCGGGAAGAACUCCAGCCCCGACGGCCAGAGGAAAGAGGCGGAGCGCCUGCUGGAGGAGGCGGCCUCCACCUGGGGUCAGGCGCGUGACGUACUGGAGGAAGUGAAGGAGCUUCGAGCUCUUUACAAGCAGCUUGACUCGGCCUCUUCGAUGGCACUCGGUCCGUCACAGAAUGGCAAACUAAACAGCCCUCAACAGGGAAACCACAGGAGAAGCAUGAUGUCUUAACAGGAGCGCAGAACGUUCUCCAAACACAAUACGUCUUUUUUAACGGACUCUUCCUGCUUUGUUAUUGCUGGAAUUAACAAUAGGAAUAAUAUUGUUAAUAAUGAAUACCAUGAGCUAUACUGUACAUGUUUGUAUGUAUGAAUUGCAAAAGAGCAAAUCUAGUUUCUUCCACUCCCUUAAUAUCAGCUUCAGUCAGACAGAAACAAAAGGGCCUGGUGGUUUUCCAAACACAAGCUGUUGCGCAGUUUUCACAGCGUGGAGUCACCGAGGGGCCCAUCAGGGUAAAACAGGGUGAGAAACACCAGACGGUGGUGAUCGCCAGCCUAUCACAAUGUGAAUGUUUCGGAAUACACUGGAGGAGCUUCAAAAUGGUCUAUUUUACUCCCUGGGUCCUUUUUUUGUUAUAAUAACUCCCAGCACACUUUCCUCUGCUGUUGAUGCAAAUCAAGCUUGUAAUAAGAUGCAAUCAGGGCGUGGCCCAACGCAUUUGGCCACGCCUCUUUGUUCGGACGGCAGAGCUCUGCGCCCCAUCGGAUGGGUUGUAACUGUGAACAAAGCCAUGUGUAACCUGUAUGAACAUGAAUACGUGUGACGUCCGGUGCCAGUGUUGCUGCGGAAAGCGACGCAGCUGCCAUUGACGAGACGCCGUGUGGUGGCUGGAAGCAUCUAGCUGCAAGGAAGCGAUUCAUAAUAAUAAUCACACAUUUGCACUAUGGAGAAUGCUGUAAAACGAGAGUGACACUGGCAAGCUAUCUUUUCAAACCUAAGAGGCAGAACAGACAAUCUACUGGAGGUCGGGAAAUAUGGGUUGCGUAGCUCCAAGUCUUUACACCUAAGUGGUAUUUUCAUGAAGACCUUUCAAAAUACAAAAGCUGCCUUAUUGUCGAAAGGGCACGUGCAAAUUGCAUUUCAAACUCUCAAAGACUCCGAUUUUAAAAACAAGUUGCCUGCGCCUCAAGAAAUGGUGGCAGAGAUGCUUUUUGAGCAGAACUUUAUUUUGCUUGUGCUUUGCUUUGCAGGACGUUCGUCUUUGGGGAACUAUGCAAGAUUGCAUGGGUGAAUCUCAUGAAACCUGCCAGGACGUGCCAUAUUUCACCUAAAAGAAACGUAUAUUUUGCUUUACAAAAUUUGAAGGUCCAAUGUGUAAUUGUUUGGAGGAUCUAUUGACAGAAAUGCGAUAUAAUAUGUGUAUAAAGACCUUACAUAAUGAAGCGUUGCGUCACCAUGUUUCUACAGUAGCCCUAAGCGCGUUUCGUAAAUACGUUAUCUCCUUCGGCAAAAACGUGACCACAUCUUAGCUCUGUGUCAGCCACCGUAGUGCUUCGAAAGGGAGGGGUGAGCUGUUGGUUGCAAUGCGCAACCUCACCACUAGAUGCCGCUAAAUCCCAUACACGGGACCUUUAAGGCUAAUAAGGAUAUAAUUGUUUUUUUUAUUUUUACAAAAUAUUACAAUAAUCUAAAAAAACAACUUGAAGUUGUGUUCAAAUCUUAUUUUUUACAACAACAAAAAAUCUUUUGGGUGGUGAAAUAUGACCAGUUUUCAUGAGAUCCACCUGCGUACGAUACAGGUAUUAGGAUUUACUGGCAGUGUGCAGUAUGGUAUUGAUUUUUAUGACCAAAGGGUACGUCUUGCCAGUACACCACACCUUGUUUUACAGUUUGUAGCUUAAAUAAUGUGUUUGCACAAUUAAACAGGUCACCCUGUUCUGUCAUUAAGACUUGAUUAUAAACAGUGUUAUAUUUUUUGUACAUUUUAUUGUAAAGUGCUUUUUUGUAGAGAGACUUUUUGCUUUUCAAAUGUUUAACUCAGAAACCACUUUUCCUGAAACAACCAGACAUUCCUCACUUCUGGAACAAAAAAAUGUCAGAAUCAUGGAAACGUCUUAUAGAAAGCCUACAGCAGUCCUUAACUUAAAAAAAUACAGGUAAAUGAUUCACACGUUUCCAAAUAUCUCUAUUCUUAGGCUUCAUGUUAUCGCCACACAGAUGCCAAAGGUUUUCUGUAUCUCACACGCUCUCAUCUCGAACGUCGUGUGGUCUUUUCAUGCUUAUUCAGAUGAAUUGGUUUGUUCCGUCUGUCAUGACGUGAUAUUUUUACAGUGCCAGCAGAAGGUGAAUCUCAUUACCCGAGCAUCUGUCAGGUAGUGGCGUUCAUCAUUCAGACCGGCCGUGAUCAGCAGGGGUCAUAUUAGAUGACAUCAAACCAAUCCUGUCCCACAGGUCCUAUCACGCAGUACAACAGAAACCCAGCCAUAUUACGCCUGUACUUUGACAGUCAUUAAAUCAGUCAUUUAUGACUUGUUUUUACUCUAUGUUGACGUCAGAAAUCACGUGACUGUUUAGAUCUGAUGUUUCCUAAAUGCUGUGUGGAUCCAUUUAUGUAUGCCAUAAGAUUGUUCAACUGAUGUUGCUAUUUUCUUUGACUUCGGCAGACCUUUGAUAAAAUGUGAAUGUGAAAAAUGUCUCUGCUGUGUCAUUGUGGCCGGACCAUUAUAGUUUUAUAUUGGGGAUGCAGUUUUAUAUGUGGCUAGAGAGUCAGUCUAUUCAUGCUCAAAUAACACUGUUACUGUCCUACGCUAUCAAAAUGAAGUUAAUUUUUCAAAGCGCUUUUUAAGGUCAUUUUAUUUCUUUUUUUAUAGAAAAACCUAAGUAUUUGGUUUAAAUGUAAUAAUAAAAACAUUAUUGCAUUAAUAAUCUAUUUGCUAAAAGGACUAGUAAAAGUAUCUGGAGGCCAUGUUGCUUAGGACCGGCUCAUCUCUUAGUUAUUUACUUUAGAC